CAAACACUGCACCAUUACCUAUCAAAUGUUCCCGUACUGUUCCUUUACAAGGUUGAUGAUAGAUAACGCUGGCGUUUUCGAGAGGUUCUGUGCGUGCCCCGGCAUGCUCUGCAAGCGGUCGCUGUCGACGCCGCUUGCACGUCAUGAAAGCAGAAGUAACGUCUCCUGUGUUGCUGUAAGUUUGCAGGUCAAAAGAGAAGAAGUGGGUACAGCAAUGUUGAUGAUGUGUCUUCCUGUGUGUGUGUGUGUGUGUGUGUGUGUGUGUGUGUGUGGAAACAAACACUUUUCUUUUUAUUUUGGAGAGGGAUGCUUUGAAAGCACACACGUCCUUGAUGUCCAGUAAUUCAAAGCGUAUUCAAACGUGCUGCCUCAGAGCUCCUUCUGCUUCCUGCUUUAUCGAGCAGUGCUGCAAAAGAUCAUCAUGCUGGAAGCUCCAGAGCCGAGCCAGGAGGUGGAGCGGUGGCUUUUCACCCUGCGCCUCCAGCAGUACGCGCCGCACUUCCAGCGAGGCGGCUACCGGUCCCUGGGCGAUUUCGGAGACCUCACGGAUGAGCGCCUGCGGGAGCUCCAAGUGAUCCCGACGGGGCACCGCCGGCGGAUCCUGCGCAGUCUGGAAGCGUUGGGUGUCUGGAAGCCGCCGCUGUACCCGAGGAAUGUCUUCCCCAAGGACAACAAAAGAGGCGGGACCUGUCAGCACUACCGCCCAAAAGGAAGCGAGGACUCUGAAGGGAGCCAGACGUUGCCCGCAAGAGUCGGCUUGGGAGCCGAGACCCUCGCGCACCUGCCUCUACCGGCCCUGCGUGACCCUGAGAACAUCCUAACAUCCUUGCUGGAACGUCAAUUCAUCCCUGCUUCCUCAUCUUCAUCCUCCAUGAGCAGCAUAGAGUCUGAACUCCCACCCAACUUGGACACUCCAGAAGACGGCCCCCCGUCAGCCCCGAGUGAGGGGCCCUCUCAGUGCCCCAUGGUGGACAACGCCAUCUAUGAUGCGUCAGAGUUUCCCAAGGGUCCCAGGCAGACUCGCUCCUACCGGCUGAGGCACCGACCUGUGCCGAAAAUCCCGCAACGACACAGGUUUGCAGCAGCAGUGCAAACAAGCGUGCCCGAACACCCAGCCGUCUGCGCAGGUCCCUGCGGUGCAAACGGCGCACAGAAAGCUCCGCUUGAGAGAACCCUGACGCCCAUUGCUCCCUAUGGAGAGACCUUCCUCUACAACAACGCUCACAGCAUUCUGGAGCAGGAGCUGCAGAAGGAUAAGGAGACGCAGAAGAAACCGAGGUCCAAGGACAAAGACUCCCCUCCCGUCGAGGCUAGUCCAGACCCUUUCAAAGAGGAAUACUCCACUGUGGAAGAAUGUUCCAGCAUUUUGCAGAAUUUGGACCAAAGUGUUGCUCUCACUGUCGGUGCGGUGUCUGCGGCCCUUACUCCCGCUUGCCACAGCGCUUCCACGAUGAUGGUGGACCGCGACCUCUACUCCCAAUCUGUGCACACGGAGCACCUUCCUGAUAUUUCGCCGUAUGCUUGCUUUUAUGGCUCGCCAAAGCCUCCAGUGCUUAAAGUGGGCUGGCUGGACAAGCUUUCACCACAAGGGAAGCACGUCUUUCAAAGGCGCUGGGUGCGGUUCGACGGCGAGAGCCUGGCCUAUUACAACAGCGACAAGGAAAUGUACUCCAAAGGGAUGAUUCUUGCCUCCGCCAUCAGACAGGUGCGAGGUUUGGGCGACAACAAGUUUGAGGUCGUCACCUCGCUUCGGACCUUCCUAUUCCGAGCUGAGAGAGAAGGGGAGCGCCACGAGUGGAUGGAAACUCUUCAGACGGCCGCACAGCACCGCCGCACUCCUGCCACCGCCGGCUCCCAGAAGCGGCGCCAGAGCCUGCGCCGCUGCCGCUCCUCCACAAACAAGCGCGGCAUGUUGGAGGUGCGCGCCUACAAAGGGAGAGUUCUAGUGUCCCUGGCGGGGAGCAAAGUCAGGCUUUGCAAAACAAAGAAGGAUUACAAAGCGGGCCUGGCUAUUUGCGAAGUGGAGCUGACGGCUGCCAAUAUACGAGACCUGGACCGCCGGGUCUUUGAAAUCAACACGCCUUUCAAGAACUUCUGCUUUGUGGCCGAGUCAGAGCGGGAGAAGUUGGAGUGGAUGGAGGCCAUUCAGGAGUCCAUCACAGAGACGUUGUCCGACUACGAGGUGGCCGAGAAGAUUUGGUUUAACGAGGCCAACAGGACCUGUGCAGACUGCCGUGCCCCACAGCCUGAGUGGGCGUCGAUCAACCUGGGCGUGGUCAUCUGUAAGAAGUGUGCAGGGCAGCACCGCUCCCUCGGCCCCAGUAUCUCCAAGGUGCGCAGCUUGAAGCUGGACAGCAGCAUCUGGAGCAAUGAGCUGGUGGAGCUCUUCUUGGAAGUGGGCAACCAGAACGCCAACCACUUCUGGGCAGCUAACCUGCCGCUGGAGGAAGAGCUUCACAGUGGGGCGUCAGAGGAGCAGCGCGCCACCUUCGCUCGCCGGAAGUACCGAGAGAGGAAGUACUGUCGGGUCCUGGACGGUCUCCAUGACUCUGAGCAACUCAACAAGGCGCUGUGUGCUGCUGUGCUGCUGCCUGGCGUGCUGCACACCAUGGAGCUGGUGUUCAGCGGGGCCGAUGUUAUGUGCGCCACCGGGCACCCGACCUGUUCUACGCCGUACCUCCUGGCCCAGCUCGCAGGGCAGAGGUUGCAAAUGGAAUUCCUUCAUCAGAACAAGCUGUCAGAUUUCCCUAGACUUGAUCCAUCUUCCGAAAACCCCUCUCUGUCCGAAGUAUCUGCCUUCAUGGACGGCUUCCUCUACAUCUACGUGGGCCACGGCAAAGGGACAGCGCUGGACCGCCGCAAAGGAGAUGACAUGGUGCGUUGCUGGUGCACACUGGAAGGCGGCUUCUUGAGUUAUUAUGAGAGCGUGCACAGUGUGUCGGCGGUCGGUAGGGUGGCUGUCGCCGACGUGGUCAGCCUGGCGAUCAGUAGUGCAGAGACCAUGACUGUAGCUGGGGCCGUGUUCACCGCGGAGCUCUACCUGCAGUCCGUACAGGUGCUGGUCAUCGGUGCCGAGACGCAGGAGACGCGAUGCGACUGGAUCCAGGUGCUGACCAAGUGCUUGGUGCCGUUCAGAGCGGAAGGUCUGGUGCAGAAGGACAGCGAGCUGGUGGGCCGACUCUUCUACAAGGAGGGCCACGAUCUUUACCACUGGAGGACGGGCUGGUUCGUCCUGGCCGGCUCCGUCCUGCACUUCGGCUCCGGGGACGACGGAGGAGAGGAGGAAGUUCUUCAUCUUAAACAGCUGCAGGAGCUCACUGUCACCACCCACACGGAGGGCGAGGAGAAGAUCCAAGUCCUGCUGAUGGUGGAGAGCAGAAGAACCAUUUACAUCCAUGGCUUCAACAGCAUGGACUUCACACUGUGGUACUCGGCCAUUACGCAGGCUGCUGGCACUAACGGCAAGGCCCUCGGCGACCAGCAACUCACCAAGCACGGCGUUCCUAUUAUAGUGGAGAGCUGCGUUGCGUUCGUCACUCAGUAUGGUUUAUGCCAAGAGGGCGUCUACCAGCGGCCGGGCGAUCCAGUGGGAAUGUCUGAACUUUUGGAGGACUUCACCCGUGACGCCCGUAAUGUCAAACUGAGGGAGAAGGAGCACCACCUGGAGGAUGUCACGGGCACUCUGAAGAGGUUCCUGUUGCAGUCUGAGGACGCCCUGCUGACCAAGGAACUCUAUCCCUACUGGGUGUCUGCUUUGGACGAGAAGGACGAGACCUUGAGAGUGAAGAAGUACUCCACUUUUAUUGAGAGUUUGCCCAAAACCAACAGGGUCACGCUGGACGCUGUACUGCAACACCUCUACAGAAUUCAGCAGUGUUCACACAUCAACCACAUGCCCAGCAAAAAACUGGCCUCGGUCUUCUCCUCCUGCUUCUUCCAGACUGAGGGACAAACGCCACAGGAAAUUCGUGUGGUCCACGACCUCAUCAACAACUACGUGACACUCUUUGGUGUCAAUGAAGACCAGGUGCAGCAGAUGGAGCGGGAGAAUAGCUUCAUCACCCGCUGGAACGACAAAAAGGACACCACAUUCUCGCCAGCAGGGGACUUGAUCUUUGAGGUUUACCUGGAGAAGCGAGAGCCGGAGAACUGCUGUUUAAUCAAGGUGUCGCCCAGCAUGCGAUCGGCGGAGCUGGUUGAGGCCGUGCUGAGCAUGAGGAACCUCGUCUUUAGUUCUGAUGACUUGUGGACCACGUUUGAAGUCAUUGAGAAUGCAGAGUUAGAGCGGCCGUUGCACCACAGCGAGAAGAUUCUAGAGCAGGUGUUGGAGUGGAGCACACUGGACUGUCCUAGUUCUGCUUUUCUUGUUUUAAAGAAGUUUGCAGGGGCUGCAGGAGGCCCUAAAGACAAAGUGGACCAGAAGCAGCUGGUAAGAGGCGAAUAUCUUAAGUUCAACGACGGCUGCACCAAACUGCUAUCGGGGCACAAAUUCCAGGACAAAUACGUGGUGCUUCACGCCAAGAAGCUGCUGCUUUACAGAGAUAUCAAAAGCACGAAAGCAGAGAGAGAGGUCCAACUUAAGGAUUCCAAGUGCUACCUGGGCCUGAAGAAGAAGAUGAAGCCUCCGAGCAGCUGGGGCUUCACGGUCUACACAGAGAAACAGCAGUGGCAUUUCUGCUGCGAGGAGAAGGAGAUGCAGGUGGGCUGGGUGACGGACAUCGUUAGGAUGAAGUUUAGCUCCGACCUCUGCUCCAGCCCAGGAGGCGCCACGGUUUCAACGGCCUUCACAGGGGGAGCUGUGGCUGAAAGCAGAGCGCCCGUGAAACAAAAUUCAGGCAGACAGAUGACUGACAGGAGGAUUUCGCUCGCCUUUAAGACCAGCGCUGACGGCGGAGGUGGGGGCGUGACCCCACUUGGCCCACGCAGAAGGUCCGCCGCCGUGGACAUUUGCCAAGUGUCGUUCCCUCAGCAGGCCUCGCCUGCUUCCCGGCAAAGUAGCUUGAGCGGCGCUGGCAAGAAGCCCGGCCCCGGCGGCGGCGAUGGUAAAAUGCCUCAGAAUCUGCUGAGUGAACUUAAUUCGGUGCUGAACAAGACGGGCCGGAGCGCCAACAUUGCUGACUGACAGGACGGCGAGGAAGACUGAAAGUGCACCCGGCGGUCAACGGACAGGAAAGUGGAGUUGAUGCGGCGACACUUUUCGUGUGGAAUUAUCUAUUUGUCCAUCGUGACAAUAAGUAUUUCAUUGUUGUAGGACCCAAACUUACCCUCAAUGAAUGGAUGAGGCCUGUCUUCAAUAAUGCACUCCACGGGCUUAAAAUGCACACGUUGGCAAUUGUCACAUAUAGCGCCCCCUUCAUGAAAUAUUUAUUUGCCCAUUUUAUUUUCAUGAUCCCACAUACAGCAGCAGCUUGCUCUGCUAAUCAGAGUCGCCACCUUUGGCGCAUAUUCAUGGGUUUUCCUCCGACUUGACAGCCUUCUUCUCCACAAACAAACAUAAGAGCUUCGUGACAAAAUAGUUAUUUAUUAGGCGCUUGUUUUUACGGACGUUGUUUUAGAGUCAGAGGUGAGCAUCAAUAACAAAAUCUUUGAAAAGCAAAUACUCUUUUCAUGUCCUGCAAUCAAACGUGACUUGCUUUUUAAUAAAAAACCUUUUGAAUUUGA